GACGUAAUGAUUUCAGCCUGACAGUUUGCUCAUGCAGUAGGGAACGAUUUACCGGGCAGAAAGCGGACACUACUUCUUUAAUGUAUGAAUAUCUUUGCUUAGGUUAGCGGGCUCAUACUGUUUUUUUGGUAAAAUAACAGGCACAUCAGGUUAAGAACUGUUUUUAACUUUAUUUUUUUUUUGCAAUUGUUUAACUAGCUGAGUUAGAUACUGUGAACUGCUUCCUAGUCAGAGCCGCAGCCAUUUUGGAUUUUUUACUGAGAAACAACUAGCCGUACCGUGCUUGUGGGAGCUGUCGAAGCUAGUUAGCUACUGUUCCUGUUUUCACACACACCAUAUCACAUCUUCGCACGAGACGGCAAGACAUUUUUCAACGAGUCUACAAUGAAUCCUGAAUAUGACUAUUUAUUUAAACUGCUCCUGAUUGGCGACUCUGGUGUUGGCAAAUCUUGUCUCCUGCUACGAUUUGCAGAUGAUACAUACACAGAAAGUUACAUCAGCACAAUUGGUGUGGACUUCAAAAUACGGACCAUUGAAUUAGAUGGAAAAACCAUUAAGCUUCAGAUUUGGGAUACAGCAGGUCAAGAAAGGUUUCGUACGAUCACUUCAAGUUACUACCGAGGUGCUCAUGGUAUCAUCGUUGUGUAUGAUGUCACAGAUCAGGAAUCCUUCAACAAUGUUAAACAAUGGCUACAAGAGAUUGACCGCUAUGCCAGUGAAAAUGUCAACAAGUUGUUGGUCGGCAACAAGUGCGACCUGACGACAAAGAAAGUAGUGGAUUACACAACAGCAAAGGAGUUCGCUGACUCUCUGGGUAUCCCCUUCUUGGAAACUAGUGCCAAGAAUGCCACCAACGUGGAGCAGGCCUUUAUGACCAUGGCUGCAGAAAUCAAAAAGAGAAUGGGCCCUGGGGCCGCCGCUGGCGGCGGCGACAAGCCUAACAUGAAGCUGACCCCUGGCACUACCGUCAAGCCCUCAUCGGGAGGCUGCUGCUGAAAGCAAAACUUGCCCUCUACUCUCCAGGCCUGUAUGCCUGGCUGCCAUCUUCCUCAAAACUCUACCGCAAUCUGACAGGGUAGGGACGACAUGAGUCACAUGUGUAUGUGAGAACAAGAUGAAGUUGCCUGUAUUUGUACAAUAAUGUAGCACACUACCAAAAACAAGUAACGCAUUCAUCUUGCCACCCUGUCCUGGUAUCGAUGACAAAUUGUCCAAAAAAAUGAUUAUUUUAUCUGACCCAGACAACCCUAACAAAUUUUGUCUCAGUUGACUGAGACUGUUUAAUUUGAGACUCAUGAGACAAUUGUGUGUUUGUGUGUUAGUAUGUCCGUGCGUGAGCAUUACAGCAUUCCAUUUUGGGUUUGGUAACUUAAUCUGCUCCAUGAAGGCUUUUUUUGUCUGUAUACCCCCCUUAUCUCUUGUUCUGGCAUUUUUUUUUUUUUUUUUUUUUUUUAAAGUAAUUCUGUUUCUUGUUUUGUUUGUCUGCAUACAAAGUUUUUGUUCCAUUUUAUUCAACUACCACAGUCUGACGUCUCACAAUUCCAGCAUCUCAACAUUAGUACUGAGUGUACGUAUAUGUCAAUACGUGUGUAUAAAUAUGUAUAUAUACAUAUGUGUAUAUAUGUAUAUACAUAUUUAUGUAUGCGGGUGUGUCUUUCUCAACUUGGUUCCUUUUAACAGGGGUGUUGGGAAAUUUAGAGAGUAUUGCACAUUAUCUAGUUGUAGUUGGAGUAGUAACAGAAAACAAGACCUGAGAUUUUUGACUGAGAACACUCAAAUGCAUCACUCUCGGAGAGGACCUCAGCCCUUCCGCCAUCUCACUGAGGUUGACGGGAUAUUUUUAUUUUCUAUACACACACUUGAUGUGUCAGAUCUCAUGUCUGUUCCGUAGUCCUUGUUGCAUUCUUAGGAUUCUCUACUCAACACGUAAUACAUAAACCGAAAAUAAAUACUGUACUCCCAGGCUGUGUAAAAUGAAAAGAUGUGUGUGAUUCUUACUGCGAUGCAUUUAAGACCACAUACAGUAAUUUAUUCUACAUUUGGGUGGAUUUGACAGUUUACAUUUGUUUUAAACUGUUGUGUAUUGUGGUAAUCUAAGUGCAGAAAUGCAUAUAAAUGCAAUGUAAUCGUUUUCAUAAUAAAGGCAACUGGAUUCAGUUUGAAAAGCACUCUGGGAAUACGAGUGUAAUACUUUAAUAAAGGUGAUGAAACUU